AAUUAUCUCGAGUUUUUCAAAGCGGUCCUGUUGGUCUCAGUCUUGCCGCGACUAAGUAAUGAAUUGUCAGGGGAUUCUUUGCCAUGGAGGGAGUUCUCUAUAAAUGGACCAACUACAUCAGCGGUUGGCAGCCCCGCUGGUUUGUGCUUGAUGGAGGAACUCUUUCCUACUAUGACUCUCAAGAAGAUGCGUUGAAAGGAUGCAAGGGGAGCAUUAAAAUCUCUGUGUGUGAAAUACAAGUUCACCCGUCAGAUUUCACAAGGCUUGAUCUGAUCAUUCCAGGAGAACAGUACUUUUAUCUCAGGGCAUUAAAUGCUGCAGAGAGACAGAAAUGGCUUGUGGCAUUAGGGACGGCAAAAGCCUGUCUGACAGACAACAGAACCAAGAGAGAGAAAGAGCUCCAGGAAAACACAGAGGCCCUGAAAACAAAAAUGUCAGAACUGAGGCUUUACUGCGACCUUCUCCUCCAGCAAGUGAACAAAAUAAAAGACAGUCCUCUAGCUGAGACAGCGGGCGAUUCUGAGGAGGUUGCAAAUGAGACCGGGAGUUUGGUGAAGUCCACCUGUACCACCUUCUUGAAGACCCUGGAGGAGUGUAUGCAGAUCGCCAGCCUGACCUUUAAUCCAGACCUCCUGAGUCAGACCCCACCUGGUUCUCCCCCGGUGGCUACCAUCAAACCUCAGAAGAUCAAAAUGAUACAAAAUGACCCAAAAAAUCAGCACCCAGGAGAAAAACUCAAGGACUCAGUGAGCAUCUCAGGUAGUACAAGAGCACACGAGAAAGGAAAGAGUGGACCAGAAUAUGAAGCACCUCUAUCUCCACAAAACAACAUACCAACACCUCUUACAGAAAUCAGUUUAGUGGAGGAACACCAAGAAGGUGGGAACCCUCAGAAUGGCUCUUCCUCAAGCACACAUGACCCUGAAGAGUCAGCAGGGGAGAAAGAGAAGCACAGACCGACGGAAGCAAACCAUGCUGAAGUCUCCCCAAGCCCCACACAGAAAAAAGAGCAAACGGUCAAUGAGGAAAUCCAGGCUGACCUGGAAGUAAAUGAGCCUCAGGGUGAGAAUAAACAGGAAGAGGAAGAUAAGGUGGACACGUUCUUCAGUACGAUGAGUCACAGAUUUAGUGAUAUAAUACUGGAGGACGGCAGUGGUAUUCCCACUCAAGCAUUUUUGGAUUCUUGCUAUGCUAUAGUACCAGUUUUAGACAAGCUUGGACCAACCGUCUUUGCUCCUGUUAAAAUGGAUUUUGUGGGAAACAUUAAGAAAAUCCAGCAAAAGGCGGCGUCUGAUCCUGACAGCUUCACCACCCUGCAGAGCAUCGUUCUGCAUGAGAUGGAGACAGAGGUGGCACAGGUGCGAAAUUCAGCCACGGAAGCUCUGCUGUGGCUUAAACGUGGACUCAAGUUCCUCAAAGAGUUCCUCUGUGAAAUCAACACUGGGGUGAAGGACGUCCAAGGACCUCUUAAUAAAGCAUAUGGAAAAACACUAAGGCAAUAUCAUGGAUGGGUCAUACGAGGGGUCUUUGCGCUGGCUCUACGUGCCGCCCCAUCCUAUGAGAGCUUCAUGGCUGCUCUGGUUUGUCAUGAAGGAGAUGAGCUGAAAGAGGGCUUUACCGCGGGCAUGCACAGAGACCUGGGCACCUAUCUGCCGGCUAUGGAGAAACAGCUGUCCAUCCUGGAUGCUCUCUAUGACGAGUACGGCCUGGAAUCAGAUGAGGUCGUCUGACAGAGACCGUGAAUAGAGCUAACUCCUCACGGCGUCUAUUGUUGUUUCAGAAUUGUAACUCUCUCGCUUGAUAACCAAGCCCCUUUUGUGAAAGGCUCUGUGGGGCGUGGCUUACUAAAACCGCCCAAUAGAAGUGUGUUGUGAUUAACUUGCCAUUAGCAGGCUCCAACACAAACACUAAAAGUUUUCCCCGCAAAACUUAAACAGCCGUGUCAAACACACAAUGCUUUAAUGGGUAUUAUUCCUCAAGCUCUUUUCAGGGAACGGCUUUAUUUUAAAUAACAUUGACAGCUGCGAGUGUUAUGGGCAUUGGUUGUUUGUCUUAUAUGAAUUUAAAUGUAUGGGAGGGAAGUCACAGUGUUACAGUAUUGAUAUGGUCAUUAUCAUUCUCUACCGACUUGAAAUUUUCUCAGCAUUACUUUCAUUUAGAUACUGGCCUCUCGUUCACCUUACACUAGCACAAUGGAAGGAAAAAGAUCAGAGAUUCUGAUGAAGGUGUAUCAUAAACAUCUUUUUACAGAACAGAGUGCUGUUUAUAAAGACAUUGUUUACUAUUUAGCUACAAUGGCUGAAAACCAGGAUAUAAUUUAAAGAUUGGUAAGAGGGACCAAAGGAGAGCGUGUUUUUUGAAUGUAGUGGGGACAGGUCUCACUAUAUAGAACCUGUAACUGUUCAAGCAGUCAUUUGAUUUCUGUAAUGCAUUCAGAGUUCUGUAUUAAUCAACAGAAGGAAUGCUUUGAUGGUGUGUCCUCGGUAACGUUAUUUAUUGACUUAUUUAUAUGAUUAAGGAAUGUGUCUUUGAUUUUAUAGUAAGAGUCACUCGCUUUUAAAUCAUAGGAUACCAAUUUGUGCACGUUGCAUUGCAUGUGUUUAGUUUGUACAUUUCUAAAUUUAUCCAGAUUUAGACUAUUAAUAAUUAACUUAAAAAUUAACAUUUAUUUUGAUCCCAUUCCACAGAUUUAACAUAAUAUUCCUCUGAAUGAAGAAUCAACAUAGAGAUUUACAGACCAGGGAGGGGAUUCACGAAACAAAAGAUAAGAUUGUUCUUAAGAUCAAUUAUAAGAAGCUCAUAAAAUUGUUCCUUCUUAAGAAGUUCUCAUAUAGUUUCUUAAGAACAUCUUCAUUUUUUUUCAUAAGAAUAAAAUGACAUAUGCUUUGUAAAUCAAUCUUGAGAAACUGUCUCUUUUAAAAAGAGAAUUACCCACAUUGAUAAACUAUUUACAAAAAACGCUGUAAUAUUUCAUGAAUAAAUAGGCAUUGUAAUUAUUUCACUGGGAAUUAAAGAAUGUUUUGUAAAUCCGGCCCCAGCGGGAUCUUAAAAAUUCAUCAGAUACCCUUUAAAUUACGGAUAUUUGUUCAAAUGAAAUAUCUGAGCUUUUAAUCUUUUUAUCCUUAACAGACCACUUCAAUCUUUGUUUUAGUUAAACCGCAUUAACAUUCAAAACAUUAAAUACAUUUAACUGUUAAAAUUCAAUUUAAAAUGUUGAUGUAAUUUUUUCUCUAUUCGUUGAGAAAUCUUUGCAUUAAUAUGUUACGUUUUAAAUGUAUAACUAAUGACCUUAUUCCUUCCAAAAGCAAACCGAGUUCUCAUUGAUUAGUAUUAAAACAGUAUGUUUAUAUAGUAUGUAUUUUCACGUAUUCAGAUGUAUGUAUGACUGAUUUAUUAUAUGAAAGAGUUAUUUUUAUUUACGUCCCUUAGUGUUGUUUAUAAACUGUAUUGACAUUUAUACUGAACUGCAUGUAAUGUUUUUAAUCUCAACAUAUAAAAAUAUGCAAUUCUUACAACAGGUAAUACAUUUUGUAGUUGUGGUGACCAGUUAAAGACAUAUCCAUGCAUCCAAGUGGUAUUUGAAAGACAUGUAAUGCUAUAGCGGCUAUGACACUCCUUUAAUCCUUUUAUAUCUGUGUGUGGUUGCUAGGAUACCCUCAUGAACAACACACUUGAUCACUGGAUUCAUUAAGGGGCAGAAAUAGAAAGCUUGUUCUUGCAUGUGCUUUUGCCUAAACUUGAUAAAGACUGAGGAAGAUAAAAUUUGAACAUUACUUGGAGA